AUGCCUUACAUUGUGUGGACUGGUCUCCUCUUGGUGGCAAUACAACCUUCCAAGAAAGUGCCUUUUUGUGUAUUGCCACAACCAUCAUUGCUGACCAUUCUUAUGGCAUUUGGAAACAAAAACCUUCCAAGUCUCCUGAAAUUGUCAAACUUUCUUUUCACACAUUCCAAUCAUCUGCUGCCCCUCAAAAUAUUCAAAAUGCCAUCAAGGAGCUGGAUGAAAAAAGCACAGAAGUUGCAGCUGCAAUUAUAA